UUGUGACGUACAGUUACAAGAGCGAACGAGAACGAGAAGGGCGAAGGCUGAUAGCCUGCACGGACAGAUAUAGACGGGUGGGAUCGACCCCCGAAGUAAUGACAACGUGCAGGCCGACAACGUCCAGCGGGAGCUGGUGAUACAGAACCUCACAGACCCCGACAGUACAAGGAGUUCUGCGUAGAUAAAAGGACUGUUUACUGGAGAACCUCCUCUCUGCACGUUGGGUCGCGAAACGCAUUCCAGAGACUUUCCGGAAUCAUUAAUUCCCAUUUAGAGAGCGGAGGCUGAGAAGCUGACUCCUCGUCUGGCCGCACUUCUAAAAAAGGUGCAUAGAGGUGGGCGAAGACAUGGUGGAUUACUAUGACAUUCUGGGAGUGUCAAGAACUGCCUCUCCAGAUGAUAUCAAGAAAGCGUACAGGAAACAGGCCUUACGAUGGCACCCAGACAAGAACCCGGACACCAAAGACGAGGCAGAGAGAAAAUUUAAGGAGAUCGCUGAGGCCUACGAAGUCCUGUCUGACAGAAGUAAACGAGAUUCAUAUGACACAUAUGGCAAAGAAGGAGUGCACAAUUCAGGCUCUAGUGAGCCGUCAACACCUGGAGAUUUCCCAGGAUUCACCUUCACAUUCCGAAGCCCAGACGAGGUCUUCCGAGAGUUCUUCGGGGGCCAGGAUCCCUUUGCCGACUUCUUCGAUGACUUCCCUUUCGGAGGGAUGCAUCGCGGUCACCACGGCCACCAAGGCCACUCCAGGGCAGGCCCCGGACGCUUCUUCUCCUUCCCUUCAGCAGGAGUGGACUUCACCAGCUUCUCGAUGGGGGGGAUGGGCAGUAUGGACGGAAUGGACAUGGGUGGAGGGACGGGCAACUUCAAGUCAGUCUCCACCUCCACGCGCAUCGUCAACGGCAAGCGCACCACAACGAGGAAGAUCAGAGAGAACGGCCAGGAGAGAACAGAGAUCGAGGAGGAUGGGCUCUUAAAAAGCAUUCUCAUCAACGGUGUGGCUGAUGAGAUGGCUCUGGCCCUUGAGCUUAGUCGCCGCGAGCAACAAGGCAGCUCCUCCUCCCCCUCCCAGUCGUCAUCAUCAACCAAUCAUCAUCAACGUCUGCCACAGCCCAAGGCAAGCCCCGCCCAGCGCUCCUUCAGCUCCGGCCCUUUCUACCACUGCGCCGACGGCGUGGAGGAUGACGAGGACGACGAAGACCUCCAGAUGGCGCUAGCGUACAGCUUGUCAGAGUUGGAGGCUCAGCAGAGAGUCGCCUCGUCCGCCCAAGACUUCAUCUCAGACUCUGACUUCCAGGCCUUCACGGGCUGACUGGCCACUGCCUGCCUCUGAGGACGCAACGCUGCUGCUCACUACCCUCACCCAACCGGCUUCCCUGCUCAUCUCACUCCCUAAACAACAACAGCAACAACAACAACGACAACAAACGAACCGUGAAUCUACCAAAUGAAAUUACAACCAAGGUCAAUGUGCUGAGAAAGGAUGUGGAGAAUGCGCUGAGAAAGGAUGUCUGUCUGUCUGUCUGUCUGUCUGUCUGUCUCUGUUUGUCUGUCUGUCUGGAAAUGUGUACAUAGGCCAAAGAAAGACUGGAUCUCUGUGUUGAUUCUAUUUUGUAGGCUUUCUAAUGUUAUAGUAUGGAAAUGUUAUAUUUGAAACAGAAGAGCAUCACCAACAGUUACCGUUAUUUAUGAUAAACCAUUAAAUCACAUAUGAGGUGUCUUACCCGUACAGUGGUCUAGCUGGAGCGCCUUUUUUUAAGUCACUUUUUGGACAGAGUAUUUUAUUAAGGUGAAAAUGUGUACGAGAUAGACAGGCGGAUCAGGUUUGGCUGCCAUCAGUCAUGGAAGCGAAUGGAACUGCUGGAAUAAAGACAUAAAAAAAAAAAACGAAA